AAAACGUACAUGUACGUUCAGGUAAAAAUCAAAGAGACGUUGAUCCGUGUUGCACAAUCAGCUGGUGAUCUGUCAAAAGCAGUGGACAAAGUGAGUGGGGUGUAAAGGAUUUCAACGUCCUCUCGUAUUAGACCAGUCCGGGUGGAAUAUAACCAUUUCUUCAAAGUUUUGCGAGUUCACGAGGGCGGUAUUCCACCUACCAGCAGCCUAUUUCACUGGAUCACUGCAGGCAACUGAACUCUAUUGAAAGUCACCACGAUGAACUCACAGAACAGCCUGAGUCCUGAAAGCCCCAUGGGUUCCCAGACCCAUCACAAGAAGUACAGGCGCCAGACGCACAAGCGGAUAUUUGUCAACCGCAGCCUCAACAUGGAGAAGAUAAAGUAUUUUGGUUUCGACAUGGAUUACACGCUAGCAAUGUACAAAUCUCCACAGUAUGAGCAGCUGGGCUUUGAUUUGGUCAUCGAGCGACUGGUCUCUAUCGGUUACCCUCAGGAAUUGUACAGCUUUGUCUAUGACCCGUGCUUCCCUAUCCGAGGUCUGUUCUUUGAUAAGCUCUAUGGCAAUUUACUCAAGAUGGAUCCGUAUGGCAACAUCCUGGUGGCAGUUCACGGCUUCCGCUUCCUACACACCAACGAGAUCCUCAAAAUGUAUCCCAACAAGUUUGUGGCCCUGAAAAGCAACGAUGAGAGGCUCUACAUCCUGAACACUCUCUUCAACCUUCCAGAAACCUACCUUCUCGCAUGCUUGGUCAACUACUUCAGUACAUGCCAGGAGUACACGGAGACUGAGACAGGGGUCAAGAAGGGUGACCUGAUGCUGUCAUGGGAAAGCAUCUUUGAAGAUACCCGCAGUGCCGUCGACUAUGUUCAUAUGGGGGGAACUUUGAAAGACAAGACCCUGGAAAACCUUGAGGAGUAUGUCAUCAAGGAUCCUAGACUUCCAACCCUGCUCCAAAGGAUGAGAGAUCACGGCCGUAAAGUCUUCCUGGUUACCAACAGUGGCUACACCUACACUGAGAAAAUUAUGACAUAUCUCUUCGACUUCCCACACGGAGCCACGGGUCCACCUGGACCUUCCAGUGCGCCUUCCACACCGCACAAGCAUUGGUAUGAGUACUUUGAUGUCUGCAUCGUGGAUGCCAGGAAACCUCAAUUCUUUGGCAACGGGACAAUCCUGAGGCAGGUUGAUCUGGACACCGGAGCCCUGAGAAUAGGCAGCCACGUCGGCCCCUUCCAAAAGGGGCAGGUCUACUCGGGCGGGUCCUGUGAUGUCUUCUGUGAUCUGAUUGGCGCUAAGGGCAACGACGUGCUGUACAUGGGCGACCACAUCUUCGGCGACAUCCUCAAGUCCAAGAAGCUGCGGGGGUGGCGGACAUUCCUCGUGGUGCCAGAGAUCGCCCAAGAGCUGACCGUGUGGACGGAAAAAAGAGCACUUUUUGAGAAAUUGGAGGAGCUAGAUUCAAUCUUGGCCGACCAAUACAAGGAGCUGGAUAGCAGCACGGAAUUGGUGCCGGACAUCAGUAAAGUUCGCAAGGCAAUACAGCAAGUCACCCACGAGAUGGACAUGUGUCAUGGCAAGCUAGGGAGCCUCUUCAGAAGUGGUUCUCGGCAGACCUUCUUUGCCAGCCAGUUGCUGAGGUUCGCUGAUCUGUACUCUUCCACGUUCCUCAACCUUCUGCAUUACCCCUUCAGCUACCUCUUCAGGGCUCCUCAUCAACUGAUGCCCCACGAGUCCACCGUGGACCACUACGACGCCUGCCCCAUCUUUGAAGAAGACCAGAAGUCCCUGAGUAUGAUGUCGCCGGCGCUGGCCCGCAGGCGGACCAUGAGCAACCACCGGUCCAGCUCCCACUUCAACAACCAGACAGACGUGAUGGCCAUCGCGCCUGAUCCAGUGGAGGUCACGCACGUCCACGACGAGGACGAAUAGAAGGGGAAGGCCUUGGUCCCAAGACAACUAGCUGUGGCCGGGAGCAUCACAUGCACCUAUGAGAAAUAAACGUAGCAGCAAGGCAUCGGCUGCCAUAGGUGCGUGUUGUAAUUUGCCACAGCUGUAACUUGUGGAUACAGUUGAAGAUAGCGGGGGGGGGAUUCUAUAUCUGUUCUAACCCUACGCCAAAGUCACUCUUUGGCUCAGUUUAUAAGCAGCACAAAGAUGCACAGCUGUGUUGUAAUGUGCGCUGCACUACCUAUCCCUCACAGGAAUAUCAGAUUGCACUGUUGUGCUGCCCAACAACUGUGCUUCACUGUUUCAUGCGCAUCAUUGUGUAGUAAACCAAAUGCAGUGAAGAGGACUGCACAAAAGACUUGUCUUGACUUACAACCGAUUGUAUACACACUGCAGCUGUGCAUCUUUGUGUUCUGUAUAGACCUUUUUCCAGCGAUGUGACAAUCGUGCUGGACCGCGAUGUGGUGCGAUGGUAAUGAGUGCGUAGUGUUGUGGUGGUAAUCUACUUAUUCUCAUUCAAGAUAAACUGGUCAAGCAUGCAGCGUUCGCACGUGCGCUU